GCGCUGUCCCCGGGCUCCCGGCCCUGGUGGCCGCCGAGGAGGGCAGCUGGAGAGAGCGGGCGCAGAGAAGAGCAUCCCCUGUGCCCAGAUGCCAGAGUAGCUAUCCUGUUCCUCCCUCCCAGCCCAGGGGCAGUCAAGGGAAGCGCAAUGGAGACCUGGCUGGGCAGGCUCUGGCUGUGUGUGAUGCUGCUUCUGCCUCUUCAGCUCUGCCAGAAUCAGGAGGCGAGCCCUAGCCAACUGUUUGGACCUUCUCUUCAGACACCAUCAGAGGAGAGCCAGGCCCCUGAGGGCCUCUGGGGACAUUGGGGCCCGUGGGCUGCCUGCUCCCAGCCCUGUGGGGUGGGGGUGCAGCGGAGGAGUCGAACAUGUGAACUGCACCCAGGCCGAGCCCUCCCUCCCCGACCCCCAAGACAUCCAGAAGCCCUCCAGCCCCCGGGUCAGAGCUCCAGACUCCAGGUUCCCCGGGGUCCCCAGUCCCUGCACAGGCCACAGCCUCAGGGAAGGGGUGGCCCUCUUCAAGGUCCUGCUUCUCAUUUGGGGAGAGAGAAGACCCAAGAGACUCAAGGGGCCCGGAGGUCCCGGGUUCGAGACCCUAUCAAGCCAGGGAUGUUUGGCUAUGGGAAAGUGCCUUUUGCCUUGCCAUUGCACCGGAGCCGCAGGCAUCCCAGCAGACCUGAGCAACCCCAGAACUCUUCUACAGGGGCAGAGGCCCUUCCAUCCCAGCCUCCAAGCACGGAACUGGCCUCUGCAAACUACAGUUCUCAAAUGCAGCUUCCUGAACUGCAUGCCCGCUCCCACUCCUCCCCAGCUGAAACCCCAAAGAAGACAGGAAGUACUCAGAUAGAGGGGGCCCCAAAGACAGGAAGUACUCAGAUAGAGGGGGCCCCUAGAAGCAGUCCCGCUCCCUCUGACACAAGGGUACCUUCACCCAUGUCCUUCUUUGGAGACAGUAGGUCUUUCCAGGGAUCUCCUGGGUCAAAAAUGCCAACUUCCCAGGGUUGGAACAGCCCCCAGGGAGCAGAUCGACACCCUCGCCCUUUCCCUUCUGUCCCCCGGAGUCGGGGCCAGCACAGCAGGGGGUCCUGGAGACCUCGAGGGAGUCCCCACAGAUCCCCAGAAGGCUGGCUGCCUUUGACGAGAGACUCCAGGCCCCUCUGGAGCCUUUUUGCUCCCAGUAGCCCUGUUCCACAAUGUUCUGGGGAAAACGAGCAGCUGAGAGCCUGCAGCCAGGAGCCUUGCCCCCCUGAGCAGCCAGAUCCCAGGGCCCUGCAGUGUGCCGCCUUUGACUCCCAGGAAUUCAUGGGCCAGCUGUACCAAUGGGAGCCCUUCACUGAAGGUGCAGUUUCUAGUCCCCAUGGCAGGGCUGACUCAGUUCAGGGUUCCCAGCGCUGUGAACUGAACUGCCGCCCCCGGGGGUUCCGAUUCUAUGUCCGUCACACCGAAAAGGUCCAGGAUGGGACCCUCUGUCAGCCUGGAUCCCUAGACAUUUGUGUGGCAGGACACUGCCUGAGCCCCGGCUGUGAUGGGAUCCUUGGCUCUGGCAGGCGUCCAGAUGGCUGUGGAGUCUGUGGUGGUGAUGGCUCUACCUGCCGUCUGGUUUCGGGAAACCUCACUGAUCGAGGAGGCCCCUUGGGCUACCAGAAGAUAUUGUGGAUCCCUGCAGGAGCUUCUCAUCUUCAGAUUUCCCAGCUCCGACCCAGUUCCAAUUACCUCGCACUUCGAGGGCCUGGGGGCCGCUCCAUUAUCAACGGAAACUGGGCUGUGGAUCCUCCAGGGUCCUACUCAGCCAUCGGGACUGUCUUCCAGUAUAACCGUCCUCCUCGGGAGGAAGGCAAGGGGGAGAGUCUGUCAGCUGAGGGCCCUACCACCCAGCCUGUAGACGUCUAUAUGAUCUUUCAAGAGGACAACCCAGGUGUUUUUUAUCAGUAUGUCAUUGCUUUCCCUCCUGACGACCCAGAGAACCCUUCCACGAAGCCUCCAGCCCUCCAACUUCAGCCUGAGAUGCUGAGCGGGGAGGCCCUACUGGCUUCUGCUCCCCGCCCGGUUCGGGCACCAGGCACCCUCCAGCGGCAGGUACGGAUCCCCCAAGUGCCUCACACCAGGACAUCCCUGGGGACUGCAGCUGGAUACUGGAAGCAGGUGGGACACUCUGAAUGUUCAGCAUCCUGUGGCAAAGGUGUCUGGCGCCCCGUUUUCCUCUGCAUCUCCCGUGAGUCAGGAGAGGAGUUGGAUGAACAGAGCUGUGCCACGGGUGCCAGACCCCCAGCUUCCCCUGAACCCUGCCAUGGGCCCCCGUGUCCCCCAUACUGGGAGGCUGGUGAGUGGACAUCCUGCAGCCGAUCCUGUGGCCCUGGCACCCAGCACCGCCAGCUGCUCUGCAGACAAGAAUUUGGAGACGGUGGCUCCUCUGUGCCCCCAGAGCGUUGUGGACAUCUCCCCAGGCCCAACAUUACCCAGCCUUGUCAGCUGCACGUCUGUGGCCACUGGGAGAUUAGCUCCCCCUGGAGCCAGUGCUCUGUGCGCUGUGGUCGUGGUCAGAGGAGCCGGCAAGUUCGGUGCGUUGGAAGCAAUGGCGAUGUAGUGAGCAAACAGGAGUGCGCUUCGGGCGCCCCCGCACCGCCCAGCAGAGAGGCCUGUGACAUGGGACCCUGUACCACAGCCUGGUUCUACAGUGACUGGAGUCCCAAGUGCUCAGCCGAGUGCGGCACAGGAAUCCAGAGACGCUCUGUGGUCUGCCUUAGAAGUGGGGAGACCCUCCCGGAGGACCAGGAAGCAGGGACAGGAAGCACUGAGCAAGGUUGCCCUCUCAGAAGCCGCCCUCCUGACAUGCGUGCCUGCAGCUUAGGGCCCUGCGAGAGGACAUGGCGCUGGUACACAGGGCCCUGGAGUGAGUGCUCCUCAGAGUGUGGGGCUGGCACACAGCACAGAGACAUCAUCUGUGUGUCCAAACUGGGAGCUGAGUUCAAUGUGACGUCUCCCAGCAACUGUUCCCACCUCCCCAGGCCCCCUGCCCUGCAGCCCUGUCAGGGGCAGGCCUGUGAGGACCGAUGGUUUUCUACUCUCUGGAGUCCGUGUUCUCGCUCCUGCCAGGGAGGCGUGCAGACGAGGGAAGUCCACUGCCUGAGUGCCAAUCAGACUCUCAGCACCCGAUGUCCUCCUCGCCUGCGACCUUCCAGGAAGCGGUCCUGUAACAGCCAACCCUGCAACCAGCGCCCUGAUGACCAAUGCACGGACAGCUCUCCACACUGCCCCCUGGUGGUCCAGGCCCGGCUCUGCGUCUACCCCUACUACACAGCUACCUGCUGCCGCUCUUGUGCCCACGUCCUGGAGCGGUCCCAGCCGGAGCCUGCCUGAAACCUGAACCGGCUACAAGGGAAGGUCCUUCAUGGUUUUCUUAUGCCACCACUGGUCACCCACUGACUGUCCCACGCUGUAUCCUCUGGGGUGAGAGGACGAGGUGGCUGUUGACCUGCUGCCGGGUUUGUACUACAGUGUGACACCCUGGGGUGUGUACCUGACCUACCUGGGUGUGUGCCCCUGUAUGUGUCACUUUCUUAAAAAGCAGACUGAGGAAGAAUGGGGAGUGGGCAGCGCUUGUUUCCCGAUGCCUUCUGGGCUGAGGAGGGACGAGGUUACAAUGGUCUGGGCUAUAGCAUGUGCCCUGUAAGUUCCAGAGCAAGGACCAGUGUGAGAGGAUGAAAAAGAGAGAAGUCAGCAUUAAGACACCCUAGCGCGCCCCCCCCCACUUCACACCGGUGAUGCCCAUCCCAGAACUAAUUUAUUUUUUAUUAAAGUUGAUUGUGACAACG